GACAGCCGGGAGAACAAUCCGUGCCACUCACUCACUCCAGCCAGGACUACAGAAGGUCGCAGAAGACAUUGCAAAAUGAGGACUGCUUUAAUUUUGCUCAGCAUUUUGGGAAUGGCUUGUGCUUUCUCGAUGAAAAAUUUCCAUCGAAGAAUCAAAGCAGAGGAUUCUGAAGAAAAUGGGGUCUUUAAGUACCGGCCACGAUACUUUCUUUAUAAGCAUGCCUACUUUUAUCCUCCUCUGAAACGGUUUCCAGUCCAGGGAGGCAGCGACUCUUCAGAAGAAAAUGGAGACGGUGAUAGUUCAGAGGAGGAGGGGGAGGAAGAGGAGACUUCAAACGAAGAGGAAAACAACGAAGAUUCUGAGGGGAAUGAAGAACAGGAGUCAGAGGCAGAGAACUCCACACUCUCGGGUGUGACAGCUAGCUAUGGAGCAGAGACCACAGCUGAAGCAGGGACUUUUGAGUUAGCUGCACUCCAACUACCCAAGAAGGCCGGAAAUGCAGAAAGCAAGGCUCUAAAAAAGAAGGAAAGCGAUGAGGAAGAAGAGGAGGAGGAGGAAGAAAAUGAGAAAGAAGAAGCAGAAGUGGAAGAAAACGAGCAGGUGGUCAACGGCACCAGCACCAACUCCACAGAGGUAGACGGCGGUCAUGGCAGCAGUGGAGGAGACAACGUAGAAGAGGAAGUAGAGGAGGCAAGCGUCACUGAAGCAGGUGUAGAAGGAACCACAGGGGCCAGGGAGCUGAACAGUGAUGGCACCAAGACAGCUGUCCUUCUGAAAGGGUUUCAGCAGACGACCCCGCUGCCCGAAGCCUAUGGGACCACCUCCCCGUCGAUCAGAAAGAGCAGCACCGUUGAGUACGGAGGAGAAUACGAACAAACAGGCAAUGAGUACAACAAUGAAUAUGAAGUCUAUGACAAUGAGAAUGGGGAACCUCGUGGGGACACUUACCGAGCUUAUGAGGACGAAUACAGCUACUACAAGGGGCAUGGCUAUGAAGGCUACGAGGGUCAGGAUUAUUACUACCAUCAGUGAAGGCUCCUCCCGGGGGGGAAUUCCCCAUUCUUUUUUUGCAUCUGGCUACCAUUUUCAAAGUUCAACUCAGGAAGGUGCAGUAUAACAGAUGUGCAUUUUAUAGUGUGGAAUGGUGCUACAGUCCCAGAGUGAUUUCCGCAAAUGCUUCUGUUUGUAGCGGGCUUCUUCUCCCCUCCCCCCAGAUGUGUCAUUGAAGGUUCAUUGUAAGUCAAGGCUAUUGAUCAAGCAGCCCUGUAGAUCUAGGGGUUGGGACUAGAUAGAAUGCUUUGAGAUUGUAGCUCUAUAGUGUUUGUGCUGUGCGCGCUAUUGCUAUCUGCCCAAACAUACCCUGUACAAGAAGGCUCCUAAUGAGAGAUUUAUUAGCAACACCGUGUAGGAUGUGUGGAGUUCCUUUAUCAUACCCCCUAUCUAAUACUGUAUUAGGUUUAAUUUUCAUCCUCAUAUAUUUUAUGGGACCUAUGCACAUGCAUUUUUAUCACAAAUAAAUAUGCAGUCUUUCACAUGUGUUAUAAUUAAGAAGAAAGGGAGAACAUUGGAAUGAGUAGUGGGUUUAAGGGGUGGGGAACAAUUCAGCUAAAAAGCAACACUUAUUUCCAUGAGGGUUUAACACUCAGAGGAUCUGGAAGCAUUCUUUAUUCAAUACCUCGGAAUGGCUGAGGUCUGACUAAGGAGGGCAGAAUCAGCUGAAUACAGGAGGGAGUAAGAGAGUCCUCUUAGAGUUGCCAGAUUUAGACGCCCAUUUCAGUUUGAAUUUAAGACAAACAAUGACUGGUUUUAAUACAACCUCUACCCCCAUGGAUAAUUUGUCUCUGAGAAGCAUCUGGAACAAAUUUAUGCUGAAUAAAUGACUUAUUCUUUACCUAAUA